AUGUUUUUAAUUAAGAAAAGAUUUCUGAGUUUUUAUAAUAUAAUUUCAACAUCACCUAUUUUGAAUAAGAAAUUUGUAUAUGUAAAGAAUAACUACAUAUUCCAGAAAAGACAUUUUUCAAAUAAAAAUUUUUAUGACAUAUUGAAUAUAAAAAAGGACAGUAACAAAAAUGAAAUAAAACAAGCUUAUCGAAAAUUAGCAUUAAAAUAUCAUCCUGAUAGAAACCCAAAUAAUAGAAAAGAAUCGGAACAAAAAUUCCGAGAAAUUACUGAAGCUUAUGAAACCUUAAGUGAUGACAAUAAAAAAAAAAUGUAUGAUAGCCAAUUAAAUAAUGGAUUUUAUUCAAACAAUUUUAAUAAUAAUUACUAUAAUACUACAAGUAAUAGUAAUCAUAUGAAUUAUAAUUAUCAAUCCAAAAGAAUGACAGACGAAGAAAUUGAAAAUGUUUUUAAAAAUGUAUUUGGAAAUAUGAACUUAAAUGAUAUUUUCAAAUCCAACAUUUUUAACGAGAAUAGCUUUAGUAGUAGAACCAUGGGAAGCGACAUAUUCAGUAAUUUCGGUUCUUCUGCUUCCUAUGGAACCCCAAGAAAUGAAAACAUAAAACAGACGAAUAUAAAAACGGAGAUUAUACCAAGGGGAAAUAAAAUUAUCGAGAAGACAACUAAAAUUAUUACUUAUAAAGAUGGAAAUGUAAAACAAGAAAUAAUAGAAAGGGAAAUAAGUAAUAAUAGUAAAGAAUUUGAAGACUUUGUUGAUUUUGAUUUUUUAUAUAAAAAUAAUAAUCUUUAUAACAACAUGAACAGUCAGAAUAAAAUAAAUAAGCAAUCCUUUCAUAGGGUCAUAAACAAUUAUAAACAAAAUCGACUGGUAAGAAAUGUCUUAAAUUAUUGUUAUGGUAUUCUUUCCUUAGCAACAAGAAGAAUACUAGUCAAUUUAGUUAUACAUGUAAUUCGUAAGGUGAUACAAACCAUCAUUUUUAUGUUACGAAAAAAAUGA